GCUGGAGCCGCCGCCGCCGCCUUUAAGUGCCGCGUUCACCGCUUCGGUUACCGCCGGCGCCGUAGCCAAGGAGGCCGCUGCCCCCUGGUCGGGAGUGGAGGCCGCGCGGCAUGAAGCGGCGCAGGCCCGGUCCUUAGCGCGCGUCAGGACGGUCCGGGCGGGGCCGGGGGGGGAAGGUGCAGUAUCCGCCCCCUCUCCUUCCCCUUCGCCCGCGAGGCCUGCGCCUCAGCCCACUCGGGCCUCUCCGCCUCACGGAGGAACCGCCCGGCGCAUUCUCCCGGUUAGCCCGCUCUGCGGUUUACCCGGCGCGCCGCCCUGCGCGGGCCACAGCCGGUGGCGGGACCCCACUUGCCGGAAGAGGAAGCCCAGGCUCUCAGAUUCCGAGUCAGCCAACGUUCACUGGGCUCCCCCUGAGCGCUGGGUGCUGGCCUCUGGACUUCCACGUCCGUUAUCUUAAUUGAGCCUUGCUGGGGUUGGGAGCCGGGUAUUGUCCGGGCUUACAGAUGAGAAACGGAAGCCCACAGAGGCGAAGGGAUUUGUCUAAAGUCCGACUGUGGCAGAUCGGAUUCGGACUGAGAUUUUCUGGUUUCCCAGCUCGUGUUUUCUACUGCCCCACUUUAGGUCGAUUCCCUCCUUGUUUACUGGCCUCUUCUCAUUCUAUUUCACCUACCUGGCACAGGAUAGGUGCUUUUCUUUCCUUUUUUUUUUUUCCCAAACCUCUCCCCUCACACACUUUUCUUCUAAGCCUUGGCAUCCCCCCAGUCCCCUUUCUUAAUAUUCGCUGCUACACCUCUCCUCUUCUUCCGCAUUCUAGCUUUCAAGAUUGUUGCCCACUUUGUGAUAAUGAACCUCUCAACUAGCUGACGAGUGAAAUAGCUAGGUUUCAACGAGGCUUGGGGUGUUUAAGUGGACAGACUGGCGCCUGGAUUAAAAAUUAAGGAAUGACAUUUGAGUGGGUCCAAAUUCAAAAGUCCUGAGGCUAUUUUCUAACCUUACAUGCUCUUCUCUGAAUGAGGGGCUUAGUGAAUGGGGAGGUGUCUUGACAUCGUAGUCCGUUGUUGCUAUGUUAGCACAACUUUUUUCCCUCCAUUUGCCACUGAGCCACAUCUCUCUCCAUCACCUAUCUGGGCUCUGAGAGCCCAGAAUUAAAACCGAUAACAAAGUGACAGGUAUAAUCACAGACCCUGCUUUUCUUCUUUUACUAAGCCAGAAUUUCAACAAACUUAACACUUCCGUUUCUAGAGAAGUUACCUAGUUCAGUUAUUUUCAGAGUAUAUGUGGAAAGGAAAUAAGCAAAAAUGGAAUGCACUGAAAAUGGGUAGUACAUUCUUUAUCUUGUGAAAAUCUUGAUGUUAACUGGAAGUUAGUUCUCUCCGCAAAAAUGACCCUGUAGUUCUUACUGGUUAUUCUGUUGAGUCUAUUCUGUCUCCAGUCAGCUGAACAUGUAUUCUGUAAAAUAAUACAAAUUAGUUAUUAUGUAAAAGGCAGAAGAACAGGACCAGGCACAUAGAAAUAAAUUUUAUUAUUAAUCAUCUGUCAUUUUUGAAGAUUUGCAGCAGCCACUGAGUAACCUCACAUCUGUAUGCCUUUUAUACUUUUAAAUGUUCUUCCAUAAUUUACCUUUUAAUGUGUAUCCGGAUGUCAGGAUUUACACUACCGUUUGGAUAUUCUUUGGAGUAAAUUGGGCUAUACAUUUCUGAAAUAAAAUCAGUUUAUAAUUUUCAUAAUUAAAGUGCAGAUACAAAGUAAUUCAGGCAUUGUAUGUUAUAUCAAAAAGAAUAUGCAUCAGUUUCAAGUACUAUUUGAGACUUUAGGCUUAAUCUUUUUGGGCACAUAUGAUCCAUUUUAAUAAUGAUCAACAGCUUUAUAUCUUAUUUCAUUAUCCUGGUGAGCAGGAUUGGAUGGUGAGAAAAGGAAAGACUCCUGUGAGAAGAGAGCAGGAUGAGCAGAGGGAUCUAUGCUUGAAGUUGAGUCACUUCAAAAAGAUCUCUUUGAAUGUGGAAGAGAUCUGAACAGAUGAAAAUACAAUCAGGAAAAUGCAACAUGGCAGCAGCGAUGGAAACAGAACAGCUUGGUGUUGAGAUCUUUGAAACUGCAGAGUGUGAGGAGAAUAUUGAAUCACAGGAUCGGCCUAAAUUGGAGCCGUUUUAUGUUGAACGAUACUCCUGGAGUCAGCUUAAAAAGCUGCUUGCUGAUACCAGAAAAUAUCAUGGCUACAUGAUGGCUAAGGCACCACAUGAUUUUAUGUUUGUGAAGAGGAAUGAUCCAGAUGGGCCUCAUUCGGACAGGAUCUAUUACCUUGCUAUGUCUGGUGAGAACAGAGAAAAUACACUGUUUUAUUCUGAAAUUCCCAAAACCAUCAACAGAGCAGCAGUCUUAAUGCUCUCUUGGAAGCCUCUUUUGGAUCUUUUUCAGGCAACACUGGACUAUGGAAUGUAUUCUCGAGAAGAAGAACUAUUGAGAGAAAGAAAACGAAUCGGAACAGUUGGAAUUGCUUCUUAUGAUUAUCACCAAGGAAGUGGAACAUUUCUAUUUCAAGCUGGUAGUGGAAUUUAUCACGUAAAAGAUGGAGGGCCACAAGGAUUUACUCAACAACCCUUACGGCCCAAUCUAGUGGAGACUAGUUGUCCCAACAUUCGGAUGGAUCCAAAAUUAUGCCCAGCGGAUCCAGACUGGAUUGCUUUUAUACAUAGCAAUGAUAUAUGGAUAUCCAACAUUGUAACGAGAGAAGAAAGGAGGCUUACGUAUGUGCACAACGAGCUAGCCAACAUGGAAGAGGAUCCAAGAUCAGCUGGAGUUGCUACCUUUGUUCUUCAAGAAGAAUUUGAUAGAUAUUCUGGUUAUUGGUGGUGUCCAGAAGCUGAAACAACUCCCAGUGGCAGUAAAAUUCUUAGAAUUCUGUAUGAAGAAAAUGAUGAAUCCGAAGUGGAAAUUAUUCAUGUUACAUCCCCUAUGUUGGAAACAAGGAGGGCAGAUUCAUUCCGUUAUCCUAAAACAGGCACAGCAAAUCCAAAAGUCACUUUUAAGAUGUCGGAAAUACUGAUUGAUGCUGAAGGAAGGCUUAUAGAUGUCAUAGAUAAGGAACUAAUUCAGCCUUUUGAGAUUCUGUUUGAAGGAGUUGAAUAUAUUGCCAGAGCUGGAUGGACUCCAGAGGGAAAAUAUGCGUGGGCUAUCCUACUAGAUCGCUCCCAAACUCGCCUACAGAUAGUGUUGAUCUCACCUGAAUUAUUUAUCCCAGUAGAAGAUGAUGCCAUGGAAAGACAGAGACUCAUCGAGUCAGUACCUGACUCUGUGACGCCACUGAUUAUCUAUGAAGAAACAACAGACAUCUGGAUAAAUAUCCAUGACAUCUUUCAUGUUUUUCCCCAAAGUCAUGAAGAUGAAAUUGAAUUUAUUUUUGCCUCUGAAUGCAAAACAGGUUUUCGUCAUUUAUAUAAAAUCACAUCCAUUUUAAAGGAGAGCAAAUACAAACGAUCCAGUGGUGGGCUGCCUGCCCCAAGUGAUUUCAAGUGCCCUGUCAAAGAGGAAAUAGCAAUUACCAGCGGUGAAUGGGAAGUUCUUGGCCGGCAUGGAUCUAAUCAUUGUGACUUCUUUAUAAGUAAGUAUAGUAACCAGAAGAAUCCACACUGUGUGUCCCUUUACAAGCUCUCAAGUCCUGAAGAUGACCCAACCUGCAAAACAAAGGAAUUUUGGGCCACCAUUUUGGAUUCAGCAGGUCCUCUUCCUGACUAUACCCCUCCAGAAAUUUUUUCUUUUGAAAGCACUACUGGAUUUACAUUGUAUGGGAUGCUAUACAAACCUCAUGAUCUACAACCUGGAAAGAAAUACCCGACUGUGCUGUUUAUAUAUGGUGGUCCUCAGGUGCAGUUGGUGAAUAAUCGGUUUAAAGGAAUCAAGUAUUUCCGAUUGAAUACCCUAGCCUCUCUGGGUUACGUGGUUGUAGUGAUAGACAACAGGGGAUCCUGUCACCGAGGGCUUAAAUUUGAAGGCGCCUUUAAAUAUAAAAUGGGUCAAAUAGAAAUUGACGAUCAGGUGGAAGGACUCCAAUAUCUAGCCUCUCAAUAUGAUUUCAUUGACUUAGAUCGUGUGGGCAUCCAUGGCUGGUCCUAUGGAGGAUACCUCUCCCUGAUGGCAUUAAUGCAGAGGUCAGAUAUAUUCAGGGUUGCUAUUGCUGGGGCCCCAGUCACUCUGUGGAUCUUCUAUGAUACAGGCUACACGGAACGUUAUAUGGGUCACCCUGACCAGAAUGAACAGGGCUAUUACUUAGGAUCUGUGGCCAUGCAAGCAGAAAAAUUCCCCUCUGAACCAAAUCGUUUACUACUCUUACAUGGGUUCUUGGAUGAGAAUGUCCAUUUUGCACACACCAGUAUAUUACUGAGUUUUUUAGUGAGGGCUGGAAAGCCAUAUGAUUUACAGAUCUAUCCUCAGGAGAGACACAGCAUAAGAGUUCCUGAAUCUGGAGAACAUUAUGAACUGCAUCUUUUGCACUACCUUCAAGAAAACCUUGGAUCACGUAUUGCUGCUCUGAAAGUGAUAUAACUUUGACCUGUGUAGAACUCUGGUAUACACUGGCUGUUUAACCAGAUGAGGAGGUUUAAUCAGUAGAGAAUUGAUCAUCACAUUUUGGUACCUGCCACAUAACAUCUACUUCUGAAAGUAUAUUUGGUGCCAUGCAGGUGUUUACAGCUUGUAGAUAGUAAUCUAAUACCUUAACCAUACACAAAAUUAAAUGAUACAUAUUUCUAAGGGACCCAGCAAUACCAUGAGAAUUACUGAAAGAAAUAAGACAUUAGUACCAUGUAUCCAUACUACCUUAUUUUCAUUUUUAAUAGCAUUAUGAAACCUCAUGGACUUAAUUAGUGUAUUUUUACAGUACACUUCUGAAUUUGUUAAAAUAUGAUAUUAGUGAUUGGUUUGGUUCAAUUCCAGAAUCUCUGACUAGUUACAGAUUUGAUAGCACUUAAAUGUAAUUGAAUAGCUUAUACUACAUUGCUUGGGGUGUAUCCAGCAUGUUAUGAACUAAUCACUAUUAAACCUAUGGCUUAACCGGUCAUUAAUGAUUUUUCAAGGAUAACUUAGUAGCCUCCUAAAGACACUUAAUUUUGUUUCAUUCAGACUCUGACCAGUUUUUAACCAAUUUAAACUGUAUCUAGUAUAAAUAGUUCUCUUUGAUGAUAUGACCGAGUGAGUUUUUCCUUUCACAUAAAGGCAAGUAACUGUAUAUGUAGCAUGGAUUUAAUUAGUCUUAUAAUAUUGAUAAUUACAGACAGGAAAAUUUUAAUCAAAUGAUUAGAGCUUAAAUAUUUGCAGGCAAUUUCUUUCACUUUAGGAAAAGAAAAAAGUACACAUUCACUUGUAUUUUUCAGAAAAUUUAGUGGUGCCAGUUUCCAUUGGGUAUUUCCUCAUUGAAAUAUUCCAGAGUUUUAGGGCAGUGGAGGGGAAUUUUGGUGGGGUGGGGGAGACCAGAGUGUGGAGAACGGCAGGGAGAGGAGAAGGCAAGGGUCUGCUUAAGAUCUAAGCAGAAGUAUAAUUUGACAAAAAAUACUCAUGAAAAAGUUUAGGAAUUGAAAUUUAAACUCCUAGAAUAUUAGUUAAGGAAACCAGAUUAAGAAAUCACACUCUUGCCAACACAGGUACAGACUAACAUUAUUCAGGGGAGGAAAAGUUCCUUAGAGUUACUUUUACAAUUCUAAUUCUAAUUUUUUUAAUUUUCUUCUUAAUUUUGGAAACCUUACAAAUUGAAGCUUUCUUUAACCUUUUUAAAUUAUUUGAAUAUUAUUUAGAUAUUGUGAGCUUAAAGAGUUUCCAGACAACCUCUUUACCAUAAACUGAUCCCCAGCAAGGCAUGGCUCUCUUUUGCAAUGUUCAAAGCUUACAAGUGAGUUCUUGAAUGACCGUGACAUUUUUCUGGUUUAGCCCUAGCAGUUGACUAUUAAGGGAGCUCAUAGUGCCGAUUGGGAUCUGCCAUCUUAGAAUCUUAGGGUGUUAGAUGGGUCACAUUGGAGCCAGUGGCAGAGAAGGCACCUAUGAGUUUGACAAGCCUCAGUGUUUGGAAAGUACUUCUAAACAACACUCCAAAAAAAAAAUUACUCUCUUCUUUCUCACCACUACAGAGAGAGUAGAUUUCUGCCCUAGAGAGCACAGCCUCCAUUAGUAAGGAUGGUGACUGUGCAUGAGAUGUGGACUUCAUCACUAAGGGCCGCAUGGGAGGUGGGGGAGGUCCAGAGAUGGCAGGGUGACCUGGUGGUGCUGUCUGUGGAGGGGGAUUGGGUUUUGCUGUUUUUGUAUUUAUACUGUAUAAUAGGUACCACACUUUUCCCUGUGUCUGUAUAUGUAUUGAUUUUCUUGUUAUGAUAUUUUCCCAUGCCAAUAUUUGUUUAUAUUUUUUUCAAUGUUAAAUUAAAUUGAUUUGGGUAACUUUUCUUCCCCAAGAAAGUAUUUUCCCCCAUGACUUAAGUAUGUAUCUGAUUACUGAAGAUGGUUUUUGUCUAGGGACUAGUGGCAUCUGACCAUCUAACCUUAUAUAAUAUGCAAAGUAGAAAUGCUAUACAGUGGCUUUUAUACAGCUACUCAUUUGAAACCUCUUACCCAACAAGGCUGUUUCUUCAAAAUGGCAUCUCAUAUUUUAUCAAAACAAACCUUAAAGAACCUCAUGGACUCUUGAAUUCACAGGUGUUUUCCUUUUGCAUCUUGCCUUCUGCUUUCCUCCCAUCACAAGGAAUGCUUCUGUUAUAAUUCCCAGUCAGUUAAAUGCCAUUCUCCUUCCAUAGGGGGAAAAAUACCUGACUGAAUUCGCUUACAGAAAGACAGCUCAACUGAAUUUGAUUUUAAAAUCAAUUUUAAAGUCAAUUUUAAAGUCAAUUCAAGCAAUCAGUAGAAAUCUCACUAAAACUAUUUGUACCCUGUGUUUGGGUAACAAACUAAAAGGCAAGAGUAUAGCAGCAUUUUUAGUGAGAACCAAAAAGCACUAGCUUAAACAUCAAAGGGGAGUUUUGCAGGUUUGAUAAUUGGGUGCACUUGAACAACCAUCAGUAGUUAUGGUUGCUUCUGCGUUGUUGAGCAGUGGGACUCAAAAUCUAAGAUUCAUCUGGGAUGCUUAUGAAAAGAAAUGCAAUCUUGAACCUCACUCUUAGAAAUUUGGAUUUUAUUGAUUUAAGUGGAGACCAGGAAUCUGCAUUUCUAACAAGCUUCCCAGGUGACUCUAAAGCAAGUCAUUUGGGGGCUACUUUAAGAAACUCUUCUGCAGAGAAUGAGUUGGAUUAAGAAAAUAAUAGGUGAUUUCUACACUGGACUGUUUGACAAGAACCUAAAACAAUAGUCAAGAUAGCUGCUCAUCUGUGAUGACUGUUGGCCCUUUUUUCACUCUGAAAAAAGCAGAAGGUAUCAUUAACUAUAUAUCCCCUUGGUCUGGAGAUUAAUUUUGGAGUGAAGGUUUUUCUGUCUAUGCCAUUCCUGGCUUGUUUCCAAAGCCUCAUACAAGAGGAUGAAGUCACAAUGCAUGCAUUAUUUUUCAGAAGAAUGAGAUAUAGAUAUUGAUGCUUACUUUGCUUGUUUUACUUCUUACAGAAGGUGUAUCCCACCUCUCUGUGACAGUGUUCUCUCUUUAGGUGGAAUGAUUCCUAUGAGAUCUCUCAUUAUUACAGAAUUGUAAAACUUUCAAGCUGUUUCAUCUUUGGUAUAAUCUGGUGUUCUCAUUAUUUAGAGGAGGAAACCUCCAUAUAGAGAGAGGAGAAAAUAUACCCAUGGUCACACAGCCAGUUAGUGUUUGGUUGGUGCUAGACUCCAUCCAGAUAUCCUAACUCAUGGUAGUUAAAUGAUAUGUAGAAAAGGCAAAUUUUUAAAGAAGUAUUUAUUAAUAUAUUCCUAUGAAACAUUUUAAAGAUAACGUAAAAUGGUUAAUUUUUCCAUUCUAAAGUAAAUGCUAAGCAUGCUUAUUAAUGAAGCAGUACUUCUAAUUAGUAUAUGACAUUCUGAAGUUAAUUAAAAUUGUUAACACUAAAUGUGUCUUCCUUGGUGUAGUGGGGAGUUUGGGGAUUGGGAUAUAGAGUGCUUGCUUAAGCCUGGGAGCCCAAAUUAUAGCUGUUUAAAGUAAGCAAUGAGACAUGGCCAUAUCUAAAGUAAGAUAUGUAAGGUGAGUGUCCAUUCCCAGCAGACAUAAAGGAAUAAGGAAACGUUCUUGACUCCCACCUUCCGAACCCCAACCAGCCUCACCUAAUCCAUCUUGCAGCCUGAAAUAUGGAGACAUGUUAGUGCAAGGUGCUGGCUCGUGCUUUUCUUAUUUCGUCAAGAGACAGUUCUAGGUAAUCAUUUGAGAAGUCCCUCAGAGAGAGAAAAAGUAUGUUUGUUUUUACAUAGCCCAAAUACAAAUUUAUGUUGUAUUCAGCACAGUUGGAGUUCAGGUCUUUAAUUUUAGAACAUAAAGUGCCUGCUGUUUUAAGCAUUGACUUAUAUAAAAAGAACUGCAUGUCUCACUCCAGUAAGUUUAUGGGUUUUCUUAUUUUCAGCUACAUGGCUUUUAAUCAUGUAAAGUGAAACAUUAGUUUUGUUGCAUUUUAUUACAGGUUCUUUGUUGCAAUAAAGAUGCUGCUAAAA